UUGAGAGUUCUAAUAAGAGCAACGGCCAAUACCAUUAGCGAGUUAUUUUUCUGCAAUAUAUGUCAGCAACCGAUCAUUUGGUUAUGGCUCGUGUCAUACAGGAUGUAUUGGAUCCCUUUACACCAACCAUUCCACUAAGAAUAACGUACAACAAUAGGCUACUUCUGCCAAGUGCUGAGCUAAAGCCAUCCGCGGUUGUAAGUAAACCACGAGUCGAUAUCGGUGGCAGUGACAUGAGGGCUUUCUACACCCUGGUACUGAUUGACCCGGAUGCCCCAAGUCCAAGCCAUCCAUCACUAAGGGAGUACUUGCACUGGAUGGUGACAGAUAUUCCAGAAACAACUAGUGUCAACUUUGGCCAAGAGCUAAUAUUUUAUGAGAGGCCGGACCCAAGAUCUGGCAUCCACAGGCUGGUAUUUGUGCUGUUCCGUCAACUUGGCAGGGGGACAGUUUUUGCACCAGAAAUGCGCCACAACUUCAACUGCAGAAGCUUUGCACGGCAAUAUCACCUCAGCAUUGCCACCGCUACAUAUUUCAACUGUCAAAGGGAAGGUGGAUCCGGCGGAAGAAGGUUUAGGGAAGAGUAGAAACCAUAGGCCACUGCAUGGUCACACUAUAGAAAUAUCAUCAAUAAUGUGCACUAUAUUGAAUCAAUGCACCACCUCUAUAUGCUGAAUGUUAUGUAUCUCAAACUAUGAUUGUACUGACUUGAAAGGUUGAGAGCUUAGUCUCUUAGCAGAAUAUAGCACAAUAUUACUAGUA